CACUGAUAAACUUUACAGACCAGAAAUCUAUUUAUAGGCAGAUUUUGGUGCCGGGUGAGGAAUAUGAUGAGGAGAUUCACAUGCCAAGAAAAAUGACAGUAUGAAGAAAUGCAUAACACACACACACACUCCCCCUGACGCUGUGAGAUUGUACUGAAGCAGUUCGUGGGUUUCCAGAGACACGGGGUGGCAGAGCGCAGCGCGGCGCAGCGCAGCGCAGCUCCGGACGCACCUGAACAGCCAGAGCGGCGCGACCGUCGGAGCUGAAAGCGCCUUUCACCUGCACCCGAGCCACGCACGCCGCAGCUCAGGUGGAGAGAGGACCCGUCUGACGGAGUCCUUGCUGAUGUGGAGUGACCCGUCCACCUCUAUGGCGUCUCCCGCGGUCCAAAUGAUUUCCUCGGGGCUCGCUAGACGUCGCGUUUAUAUUUUGAACGUUUAAACGGCGACUUUAAGAAAAACUCCGGCGCGACACGUGAGCGCCGGAGCAAAUUGCACUACGAUGUCCCGGAGCAUCUGCGUGGAAAACUUAGAGGCAUGCUGCAUAUUGAGGGGCGCGAACGCGCGAGCAAGCUGAUGGACACAAGCCCAACAACCCGCUGGCUGACUGAUCCUGCAGCCUUCAAACUUCCGGUGACAGUAAAUGCGUCCAGGCCGCAAACACCUUCCUCGAAAAUGGCCCGUCAGAUCUGCUGGGAGAUGUCUGCACGUCUUACAGAAAAGCACAUCCUCAGUUCGGCUCUGUUGUAACAAAGAAGAGCUGUCCAGACGGCUUUGAUGAGAAGCUUCUUGACUGUGCACGGAAACACCUUCAAAUGUGGCUGUGGAGGAGGUUCAUCAGUUGCACAUAAAGUGACAGCGGGGAUCGGUCGACCUCAUUGUGGGCUAAUAAGUCUGGAGGACUGGGCUGGGCAGACUCGGACUAACACAUUAAAGAACUUUGUGUAACCUGUGGUGUAGCAUUGGCGUUUCAUCGCCUGAAAAACUAGCUAGCUGGCUGAAAGGAGGAACAAUAGGAAGAAAUUACAGUCCAGGAACUUCCCACAACUUGUUUCAACAGUUCAUUUUUAAUCAGAAGACAAAUUCAGUGCAAGUAAGUCUGCAAUAAAUCAAGUUUUUAUUUGUUAGUAUUUAUUGUUACACAAUGUAUGCUCAAACUUGGCUGGCCCCCAGUGCCACCCAGGGCCCUUACUGACUUUGCACCUGGUCUGCAGUGUAUUCUGCUAAAGCAAAUCUCCCAGCUGAUUAAGAGUCCAGUUAAAAAAACAAACAAAAAGAUUUGAAUGCUUUUUCGAUGAGUAAAUGAAUGGGCUUUGGGGCAUGGAAAGUCCUGUCUACUUGGAUCAACCCAUUUAGCCCAUUUAUAAUUCAUAUUGUAGAAACCAGGCCAUGAUGUUUGCCAUCUUCGAUUACGGACAUUGUGAAUUGAAUCAAUAAUAAAGCAUCUCUUUAAUGAGACAAAUCCCAGCUGGUCAACAGAAUCAUCAGUUCCUGUGACUCAGAAUCUCAAAGGUGCUCUCCAUCUCUGCCUCUCAGACUGUUACGUAUGUGAUUAUGUUGUGAGAAGUACUCUUUCCAUGAUUAUUGCAGUUCAAGAGAGACGUUUUGCGUCACUCUAGAUUAUGAAACCAUUUUCUCUCUGAUUGCUGCGCUGCUUCUGCAGUCAAGAAACUUAAUUGUCCUCAUGUUUUUGAGUGCAGACUGUCACUGAUAAAAAGUCACUCUGAGGAGGACCAAUCAGGCUGAUUUAGCAGCAGGUCAGGUGAAAGGUCAGUGUCAUUUAAGAUCUCUGUGUGCCGAAAUAGACUUCUGCUGCAGGCCUUUUACAAAGAUGAAGAUUGAGUGGAUGUGGAAAGGCACACGUGUCUCAGGCUGCAGAUUUAUGCAAAGAGGCAUGCAAAUUAUAAUUGCAUGAGCAACUGGUGGUAAAAGAAGAAUGCAGAGAUCAAUUUCUUUAGGAAAGAGAGAAAGGUGACUCCAAUCCACUUUGGAAGUAUUUCUUAAAAGAAGCAUCUUUAACCUCCAGCUUUGUGGAAGGAAACAGAGAUUGGGGGAUGUUUUUAAUGGACUCUUUUGUUCUCACCCCGCCUAAUGAGGACGAGCGGGAUGUAAAGUACUUCACAAUCACAUGUAAUAGAGACAUGCUUUGUUGCUGAAUGGGUGAAAAACUCCCAGUCACCUCUCAUACCCUGUGAAGCCCCCCUCCCAUCGCAUUGUGCAGGACAGGGUCCCCCAGUAGAGUGGCAGUAAUGUACCAGGAGGUGGCCUUCCUGGCAGGCAGCACUGAGCACCAGUUCACCACCUUCCGCUUCAACCGUGUGGAGAACCCGCAGGAGGUCACCUCCAAAAAGGGUUUGUUCUACAAGCGAGCCCAGCUCCUGCUCCAGCCUCAGCCACGCCAACAGGAUGGAGAUGAGAUUGGCCUGGCUGAUGGGGCGGCCAUUAUCAACGUGGGGGGAAUCAAGUAUCGCAUCCCCUGGUCCACGCUGGAGGAGUUCCCUCUGACACGGCUGGGCAAGCUGCACAGCUGCAGCAACGAGGCCGAGAUCAUGGACGUGUGCGACGACUACGAUGGCAGCCGCAACGAGUAUUUCUUCGACCGAAGCCCGUCGGCUUUCCGCACAAUCGUCUCUUUCUUAGCGGCGGGGAAGCUGCGGCUGCUUAGGGAGAUGUGUGCCCUGUCCUUCCAGGAGGAGCUGCUGUACUGGGGGGUGGAGGAGAACAACCUGGACUGGUGCUGCCUCAGGAAGCUGCGGCUCAGGCAGGAGGAGUACAAGGAGCAGCAGAGGCUGGAGGAGGAGGAGGCAGAUCUCACCUCGCCGCAGUCCUGCGAGGAGAGCCAGCAGGCUCCCGGAGAGGGAGCACAGGAAGAGACCCGUUCUGGGGGCUGCAUGCGAAGACUUAGGGACAUGGUGGAGAACCCCCACUCCGGCCUGCCGGGGAAGAUCUUUGCCUGUCUGUCAGUGUUAUUUGUUGCCAUCACCGCUGUGACGCUGUGUGUCAGCACCAUGCCAGACCUCAGAGAGGAGGAGGAGAGGGGUGAGUGCUCCCAGAGGUGCUAUAACAUCUUUGUGCUGGAGACGGUGUGCGUUGCCUGGUUCUCCCUGGAGUUCAUGCUGCGCUUCAUUCAAACGCAGAGCAAGUGUAUGUUCCUGCGUACGCCUCUAAACGUCAUCGACGUGGUGGCCAUCCUUCCGUACUACAUCACCCUCAUUGUGGACUCUCUGUCAGUGGGAGGGAAACCUGCAGGCUCAGGGAACAACUACCUGGAGAAGGUGGGGUUAGUUCUGCGAGUCCUGCGAGCUCUACGGAUCUUUUACGUGAUGAGGUUGGCCCGCCAUUCCUUAGGUUUGCAGACACUUGGUCUGACAGUGAGGAGGUGUACGCGCGAAUUUGGCCUGUUGCUGCUGUUCCUUUGCGUGGCCAUGGCUCUUUUCUCCCCACUGGUGUUCCUAGCUGAGAGCGAGAUGGGCGCCAAGCAGGAGUUCACUAGUAUCCCUGGAAGCUACUGGUGGGCCGUCAUCUCCAUGACCACCGUCGGCUACGGAGACAUGGUGCCCAGAAGCAUCCCGGGCCAGGUGGUGGCGCUCAGCAGCAUCCUGAGCGGCAUCCUCCUCAUGGCCUUCCCCGUCACGUCCAUCUUUCACACCUUCUCUCGCUCCUACGUCGAGCUGAAGGAGGAACAGAUCCGGGCGCUGAGGCAGAAGCCGGACUCACAGGACAGCACCAAGUCCCAGAACAGCGAAGACUCUCAGGAGACGGACAGCUACCAUGGCAUCACAGAGGCCGCAGCCUCGUCCGUGCAGCGGAGGAGGUCCAUGGCUGUUCAGAGGGCUGCUGAGCUUAGAGUGUCCGUGCAAACUUAGUUGCUCUGUCUGUCUGUGUUCAAGUGGCAGCCUAGGAAGCCGUGACACCCAGCGCUGGGACUUCAAAGUUGACAAGCUGCAGGAUUGUGAGCAGAGAGAUUUUCUUCUCUGGAGCUUGAGGUCUCUGCUUUGAUCGUGUGAAGCGCUUGAGCACCAGAGUGUAUCUGUGUUUCUUAACUUUUACAGAGGAGCUGCAGGCUUCUGUUUUUCCUACAAAUGUGACUUCAAAAUAUGGGUAACAGUACAAUAUUCAUGAUUAAACAACUGAAGUCAAAUAAGAUUAAAAAAGUGACCGAGACAGUAGUCUGACUGACUGCGAUUCAGACUUGAGAUAAGUCUGUGCAAAAGGCAAUCUAAUAGCAAAACAUCACGUUAUUCAGAUCUCAGACUAAUAAUUAAUGUUCCUGUAGCUGCAUUUGAAAAAAUGCUGAGAUGUCAGACAUGUAGUUUAUUAUUGAUGUGAAAUAUCAUGUCCAUUUACUCUGUAUUGUAUUUGGCCAAACCAAAUAACUUAUUGUAACUGAGGCUCUGUUAUAUAAGGUUCACACAUGUGCAUGAGGUCGUCAGCACAUUUAUUUGCAAUGAAGCAGAGCUAAUUAAUCUCCAACAUAAUAACACAAAACUAAUUUAUCUGUCAAAGGUUGGGAAGGAUACCACUCUCAUAUCUGUACACUAAAUAUGAGCUACAGCCAGUAGACUUCUACCGUAGCUUAGCUUAGCAUAAACACUGGAAACGGGGGUAAACAGCUAGCCUGGCUCUGUCCGAAAGGUACAAAAAUAUGCUUACCAGAGCCUCUAAAGAUCCCUAAUUAACACGUUGGAUCUUGUUUGUUUAAUCUGUACAAAAAACAGUCUCCACCAGUUGCCUGGCAACCACACAGAGACAAAUGGUCCAGCACAUGGUCCAGCACAAAAAACACACAUUGUCGUUUUUACCCUUGUACAGAUUAAACAAACGAUAUAUAAUGUGUAAAUUAGUGAGAUUUAGAAGGCCUGGUACGAGUAUUUUUCAGCUUUGGAGCGAGCCAGGCUAGCUGUUUCCCGUUGCUUCGAGUCUUUAUGCUAAGCUAAGCUAAGCUAAGCUAACUGCCUUAUGGCUGUACCCAGUAGGUGAUUUGUGGCCCAAUGGGAGCGCAAAAUCACUCAAAUUGCUUACUGGGUGUACCUUUUAAAUUUAACAAACCGAUAUGAGGGUGGUAUCGAUCUUAUAAUGUAACUCUUGGCAUGAAAGCCAACAUUUAUAUAGUAUGUUAAGCAAUCAUAGGCUAUUAGCAUUAUUCACAGCAAGAAGAUAACCUUUUUAGUAAUCCAGAGUUGGUUUUGAGUGUGUAAUUUCAGUCUUAAAUCCUAACUCAAGGACCUCUUACUUUCAACUGCAUCUUAGUCUUUAAAGGAGGUAGCUUAAUUGUCAUUACGUGACCUAAGUAAAGAUCCUAAAGACAGAACUCCACCCAGAGUGGAAUAUGACAUCACAUGCAAAAGCUGUAGGGAACACUACAAUACUGGAAAGGGGACAAAGUCAUCGACCACAAGUCAGUGGACAGCCGUAGACAGAUCAAGGAGGCCAUUCACAUGCUAUGCCAGAGACUGUCUUUGAACAGAGACAGGGGUUACAAUGGCCUUCUCUACAUAUGUACGACCGCCUCUUAUCACAUGAAAUUCCACACUUCAUGUAAUGACAACUAAACCAUUACCAUAACAAUUUAGCAAACUCCAUCCACUAAAGAAAAACAUGAGAUGCAAUUGAAAGUACUGGAAAAAGCUAGUAAGUGGACCUUGAGUUAAGAUUUAUUCGUCAACAGUUAGUUUUGGUUGUUGCCUUGUUAAAAAUGGCGAUAUAUAGGUCGAUAUACUGUAUAUCUGAUUGUCCAGCACUUUGGUCAAGAGCAACUUCCAUGCCAUGCAAAUUGCCAUGAAAUAUGUUAGGAUACUCAUACUUCCAAAAGGGUAUCUCCUAUAAAUUGUGGUGACCUCCUGAACUUUUGUGUAGCACCAUCAUCCGGUCAAAAUUUCUACUUGCCAUGUUUUGUAAAAACUAAUGGCCACAUUUCCAUAAAUUUGCCUGUGAAUAAUCAGAGUCCACGGAAGAUGAAUUUAAAGAUUUUGCUGGCUGCUAAUAAUUCAACAUUGCAAAAAACUUAAACUCUGCAAUUUCAGUGUGGAACUUCAAUGAAACUGCAACUUUAUGCAGAAUCGUUUUGCCCAGUCCGUGCCACAAUUCUGGCACGUUUGUAUAUGUGUCACUAUAGUACAUAACCACCCAAAGUUAGAAUUACUGCACUCAUUUUCUCACCAUUUGGAUGUCUGGGAUUAUUUGGAGUGUGCACUGGUUGGUGCCAGUCCUCUUUAUCACAUACUGGGGUAAAGCGACCAGUGGACCAAAAAUUCAUUCUUUAAUGUAAAUAAAAAAAGAGUAGCAAACACUUACUGAGAGGUGUUAUUACGGUUUGAUUCUCUUCAAAGAGGCUGACUAACUGUGGCAAAUGUUAUACAUCCACCUCCAGGCAGUGACAACAACAGACCCCAAAUGCUAAAGUGUAAAACCAUUUCAAAUAUUGCAAAUCAUUUUUACAGGCACAACAAUUUCUUCAUAUAAUUGCAAAUACAGCACUUUAUUUUCUUUGAGUUGAGUGCCUUGUACUUUGAAGUGACACAUUAAAAAACCAUUUCCCCAAAUUGUUGUCAAGUUGGAACCCAGCAACGCAGCGCAAGUGCUUGAGUGUGCAAAUUAAGUUUAGAUAUUUUUAAUACGCCAUAAAUUAAUGUUUAGUCUGUCAACUCUGAAUCGCAGUCACUGGAUUAACUGAAUCAUUAAAAAGCAUGGAAAUAUUACAUAGAACACUUAAAACCUAAAUAUUGUAGAUGUAAUAGUUUUAAGAAAUGAAAAUAUUGUUUUGAUGAGGAGCGGAUGGUGCAAUGAGACAUCAUUUGAAUAGAAACCCAACUUAAAUGGAUUUGUGCUUUGCGUCAUAAAUCCAUAGCCUGAUGAACAGCCUCUUUUGAAAAAUGUAAUAAAGAUUAUAAUGAACACAUGUGGAGAGGCUUUGAUUUAACAAUUUAUUAUAUACAAGGAUGCUCUGAAAUGAAGCAAGAGAGUGCGUGCUGUCUUCUGCACUUAGAACAUCCGGUUUGUCUGCAGCUUGGUUCAUGUUUUUUUCCACAGCUGUUAUUAAUAAUAAAUAGUUCUGUUUUCAGGA